AUCAUAUUUUAUAAUAAGGAACAAAAAUAUAAUCCAAUCCAAAUUUACUCGAUCCCCAAGAGCGUCAUCUCAAAUCAAAGAAGUCAUUCGAUCUCUACAGACAACAGAACAUUCAGUAUCCUCAUUGUGUUUCAGAAACGGACUAAUAUCUCGCCGUACGACCGAUUUACUGGCACGCUUCGUCCAUAAUUAUAAAUUAACGAUCGACAAAUAACAAACGUUUGUCUCGUCGGCGAGGCAAAGAGACGAAAAAGCUUGGGAUUCGAAACAAACGUACGAAAGCGCAACGUAAUUUUCGUUAUCGCGACUAUUUCUGUACGGGUGGAGGUUCGCAGGGAGAUUCGUCAGGGUACGGGUGAUCAUAACCGAAGAACAAUCAUGCAGUAUUCUCCGCGACACUAGCUGAUUAACAUACACUCAAUAGGUACGCCAGACAUCGAACAAAAUUUAUCAAAGGAUAAUAUUCCUGUGAGUAACUGUUACAAAGGACGGGGAACAUAUACAUACAUAGCGGAUCUUCGAAAAAUUGUCAAAGGAUAAUAUUCCUAAUUGAUCGACACGGAAUAAAAGCUAUUUCUCGUCGACAUAGAACGAGGACAUUAAUGAUCCUGGAAAUUUUUCACGACGUACGUUGACACGUGUCUAGCACGGAAGGCAUCGCGUGCAACAACGAGCCCUUGAUUCGAUCAAUCAGCGGAGUACUUAUCGUAUUACUCGUGGAAAAAGGGAUCAACGAGAUGGCCAACAAUUCAACGCAUUCAAGAAAAGGAAUGGUUAUCAUGCCGGGACGUGCUUUGGUAUCUUGUUUUCUGCGGUUUCGCUGUAAAUUACAUGCUGAGGAUCAACCUGAACCUGACGAUAGUAGCGAUGGUAAUGCCUCGUGCAAAGAUAUCGACAAGUUCUCAAUGCAUCGAAAAUCUGCAGUCGUACAACAGAACAUACGAUAGUUAUAACAAAACAACACCUACUCCACCAAUUUCGGAACAAGAUGUUAACUACGAGGAUCGGUUUCUUUGGAGCGAGAGUCAGCAAGGCUUAAUUUUAGGAGCUUACUACUGGUUGCAUUGGACAACGCAACUUCCUGGAGGUCUUUUAGCAAGACGUUAUGGCACAAAACUUGUUUACGGUUUAGGAAACUUUCUAACAACGCUUUUUGGCUUCUUCAUCCCACUUAUGACACAUUAUCAUCUGUAUGCUCUUGUGGCGUUACGAGUUCUUCAGGGUCUGUUCGCGGGUGUUGUAUGGCCUUCUAUGCAUGACAUGACUGCCAAAUGGAUCCCUCAGAAUGAGAGAAGCAGAUUUGUCAGUUCCUAUUUGGGUAGUUCUGUAGGUGCUGCUAUAACUUACCCCCUCUGUGCAAUUGUCAGCAGUACAUUCGGCUGGGGUGCAGCGUUUUACGUAACUUCGUUACUUGGUGUCAUCUGGUACUGCUUCUGGCUGUUCCUCAUACACGAUUCACCUCAGCAACAUCCUCGGAUAUCCGACGAUGAAAAAAAAUAUAUUUUGGAUCAUCUUGGUGAUUCAGUCGACGAAGAACAAACUGCCAUACCUUGGAAAGAAAUAUUAACAUCAGGUCCAGUUUGGAUUACAAUCAUAUCGCAAUGGGGUGGAGCAUGGGGUUUUCUCACCUUAAUGACUCAAGCACCAACUUACUUCAACUUCAUACAUGGAUGGGAUAUCAAUGCGACUGGACUUCUGUCUGGAUUGCCGCACCUACUCAGAAUGAUUUUCUCGUAUUAUUACUCAAUUAUGAGCGAUUGGCUCAUACGUACCAACAAGAUGAGUUUGACCAAUGUUAGAAAAAUUGCUAUGUUCGUAUGCACUGGUUUGCAAGGGAUCUUCAUCUUGGCUCUGGGCUAUAGCGGAUGUCAUCCAACGCUUGCAGUGAUCUUCAUGAUGGCAGGAACAACUGUAAAUGGCGCGGUUGCCGCUGGUCCCUUAGCGACUUUCGUAGAUUUGAGUCCGAAUUAUGCUAGUAUUCUUCUUGGUUAUUGCGGAAUGAUAGUAAUAGCCUGUGGAUUCAUUUCACCGGCGAUCGUUGGUAUUUUAACGCACGAUAAUCAAACCGUAUCGCAGUGGCGAUUAGUUUUCAUCAUAGCUGCUAUUAAUACUUUCGUCGGGACCGUCGUCUACUUGAUGUUCGGAACAUCGAAGGAACAACCGUGGAACAAGUAUGGUAAGUCAAACAAAGAGAAUGGACAAGAACUGCAGAAAUUAACGACGAAGCCAAUUGUAAAAAUCGAAGAGGAAAAUAAGACAAAGAAUGCGACCGAGAAAGAUAGAAUGAUCACGGACAAAUAAAAGAAACGAAUACACGCAAGUAAACGUUCUUCAGGUUUUUGUAGAAUGGAAUAAAAUACAUGUGUUUCACGACCAAUAACGUUUAUCUCGGUUAUGCUCGUUAUUUGCAGUUGAAAGAAUUAUUAACUGAAAGAAAGUUUUUGUCGGAAAAGAAAAUCGAAGAAAGGAAAAUGCAUUGUUUGAAAUUUCGUACUUGUCAAUUUUUAGAAGACUGAUCAAAUGUUUUAUCGUGAUUAAUAAAAUCAAAAACGAUCGAAUGUCGAAUUUUAAGUAUCGAUGCGUUGAGAAAAAAAAAACAUUUGCAAUGAUUUCAUCGGAUUCAUAGAAAAAUCUAGUAUUUUACUUUAUGAAUUUAAAUUAUUGUGCUUUCCUAAUAUAAUUAUAAUCUGUUGAACGCGAUAAAUGAUAAUAAUUAUCAUUUAUCAAAGAAAUUUGAUUUAAAAUGUAAAAAUACAAGUUAUUUUUAUUGUCAUAAUACACAAACUAUAUAUGUAUAUUGAACGUAAAUUGAGAGUCUUAAUAUAAAACCUAGACGUGGAAAUAAUGCAAAAUAAUUGCUAUAUGUCAUUGGAAUAUAAGUAUAAAAUACACAAUCAAUAAUUUACAUAAAUGUAAAUAGUUUCUUGUUUCAUUAAGCAGCGAUUGUAAAAAUGUACGUACUCGUUAAAAAUAUAUGAAGUUUCAUUUUAAUAAAACAAUAGUUAAACUGUGACUCACCCAGAAUGAAAUUAAUACUAUCAUAUUCUAGAUAAAUAAAAUUAACUCGAGUCUAAAUGUUUCAAGUAUUAAAACUAUCGUAUGAUAAAAGCAUACAAGAAUCUUAUAACAACAUUUGUCGCAAAUUUAUUGCAACAAAUGUAAAAGCAAAUAAUUAAUAAAAAGACGCAUCACAAAAGGUAAAUCUUUUGUUAUAAAACUGAGAAUAAAGAAGCUAACAUAAAGAAGAAAAUUUCAAUGCUAUACUAUUUCAAUAAAGUAAAUAAGAGAACUGAAGAUACUGAGAUUAACUAUACCUAAGGCGAACUUAUACAUAAAUUUUGGACACGAAUAUGAUAAUAAACAUAGGAACAAUGGACCUCUAUUUAUUGAAACGAUUUCACGGCGAUGAGAUACCAGAGAUCUUAUUACAUAAAAUUCAUAUAACAAGAAAUUUCCAUUAAAUUAAAAGUAAUUAUCUGUCAUGUAUAUAAUAAACAUACAUGCAAUUUUUACAGCGUUGUAUAAUAAAAAAAAAAAGUACGUAAAUUACACGAUGUGUUCAUUAAGUACUUGUCGUAAAUUGUUCAAAAAAAUGAUUUUUCACUUUUAAUAUAUAUUUUGUUUUUUCUUCAAAUCGAUUAAACAAUCGUUAUUGAAUCGAUAAAAGCAACUUAUCGUUUUAUAGAUCAUAUUAAUAAUGAAUACAAAUGAAUACUUGAUAAACACAUGUAUAAUACGUUUUACGUACAUCAUGUAUAUAAUAUUGUUAUUGCAAAAUUAUCGUCGCCACGUGUUUCAGAAAAAAAUAAUUAUAAUGAUGAAUAUUCGUGAUAAACGAAAGUAUACGAUGCCGUUUGGUUCUUUGCUUCCAGAGCUAUUCUAUUCAACUUCUUCUAAUAAGACUUCAGCGAUACCUUAGUUCCUUUCCCCUUCAGUUUUACAAUAUUUCCUUAACGAUACUACCUCGUAACAAAAUCAAAUGCUACGGAACCGAUUUAUUUUAUAUUAUGGCAUUUUAUACUCUCCACGUACUAUUUUACUUCGCGCAGAAAAGCCCAGAUAUUAUCACAGUUUCUCUUCCGCGGUGAAGUAACUUAUAAUUAGAUACAACACUUUGCUUCCUUUUCCCCUGUAGACAUUACGAUUCUAACAAAACGUCACUGGUCAUAGGUGCAACCAGAAUAUUUGUCAAAUAUAAUUCGUAACUUAGAAAAAAGAUCGGCGGUAUAAAUGGAUCUGUAAUUUUGUUCUUCAAGGCUAAUGUUAUGUUACAAAAUUUUAUUUCAAAGUACAGUGGAUCCUCGAUCGCAAAAUCAAACCUCGGCCAAGAGUUGAGUAUCAAGCAACAAAUGAAAUUUUAUUCCCUCGUUUGUUAUUCAAUUGUCUAACGA